UCAUAGUACUGAUUAUAAUCUAGGGUGGUUGAGAUCAUAAAUUGUAUUAAAUUAUACGAUGUAUCGAAUGUGUGAUGGUAAUUAUGUCUGAUAAAGAAGAUAUAGAUGUCAAUAAAAAGUUUGAAGAUUUAUUAUUUGCCGAAGAAAAUGCCCAAUACGUAGGUUACAAAGAAGGUUUUGAGGUUGGCAGACAGCAGUUGGUAAAUGGGUUUCAUUUUGGGUAUCACAAAGCUAGUUUAUUAGGUGCACAAUUAGGAUAUUACAGUGGUAUUUUAGAACAAUAUUUGAAUGCAAAUAAAUGUAACUCGGAGAAAGGUGUUUGUAUUGCAAAAGAACUUUUGCAAGAUAUUUAUAAUUUUCCUAAAUUUAAUGAUGAUACAGUGGAUGUAUCGAAUGCUAUAGACAAUAUUAAAUUCAAGUAUGCCAAGUUUUGUGCAUUAAUAAAAAUCUGUUCCUCAUAUCCAGAAACAGAUAAACUUGAGUUUUAA